AGAGUUGCCUCACUCUUCAUCACUCCCAGAGGUCACACACACACACACACACACACACACACACGUCAGUACAGCGCCUCAGCCAGUAACACAGCUCAGUCAGUUGGGGAGGCUUUGAUUUGGGUGGUGGACGGAUCUCCGCAGACAAGCCGCACACCAAGCACCGUCGCUCGGCCAUGGGAGCAGAGAGCUCAGCGCAGCGGGACGCGGGCAGCGCGGAGGAGGAUGCUUCGGCCUCAGUGUCAGCCACAGCCGGGGAGGUGGGCGCGGAGGUGAUGGUGCUCCAGGAGGAAGGAGGGGGAGGAGGCGUCCUCGAUAACAAGCCCCUGCAGAAGAACGGACAAAUCUCCAGUCUGACCAGUUUGAACGGCCACUCGGAGGACGACACGCUAGCAGAAGUUGGCCAGCCUGAUGGUGUGUCCGUGGCUCAGAAGGAGGAUGCUUCAGAGACCAUGGACGCCGUCACAGACGAGCAGGCCCCUCAAGUGAACGGCGAGAAAGUGGAGAAGGAGUCUCCCGAUGUAAAUGACAUCACUCCCGUCGAGGAGAAGGCCGUGGAGGAAAAACCCAACGAGACCAGCGAGGUGGGGUUCAAAAAGAUCUUCCGCUUUGUGGGGUUCAAGUUCACCCUGAAGAAGGACAAGAGCGAGGAGAAAGACCCAGUGAAGCUGCUGACGGUGAGAGAUAAGGACGGAGAUGAGGUCAACGGGAUUGAUGAACCCGCAAAGGAGGAGGCUGCUGAAGCUCAAGAAAAAGAUGGCAACGUAGAGGUACCAACCGCUGAGGCUGAAGUCACGAAAGAUACAGACAACACUGAAACCCCAAAUGGUCCUGUCGAAGCUGCUGAAACGACAGACGAAGCAGUCAAAGAGGACGGAGCUGAGAAAGAAGGUGAGGCCAGUCCACCUGCCCAGGAGGCAGCCUUGUCCCCCUUCAGGAAGCUCUUCAGUACAGGCCUCUUCUCUAACCUGCGAAAGAAGUCCAGCAUCAAGAAGACAAAAGAGGAAGAGGACAAGGAGGCAGCUGGAGAGGAGGAAGCUGCUAAGACUGAGGAAACCACUGCUGAAGAUAAGGGAGAGAAGGAAGAGGCGGAGCAAGAGACCAACAAGGAAGCACCAACAACUCCAGAGGGCGAAACCCCCAAGGAAGAGGCCUUAGCAACAGCUGAAGAGGCUAAACCAGAGCUCGAGGUCAGCGCCGAAAGCCCUUCCGCCUCUUCUGAUGAGGCAAAGCCAGACGAGGAAAAAGCUGAAGAAGAGGAGAAAGCUCCAGCAGAGGUAACUUCAGAUUCUGAGCUCCAGACUUCACAGGAGAAGGUAAAGCCCCAAGGAAGCCCACUGAAAAAGCUUUUCACCGGCGCUGGCUUGAAGAAACUCUCGACCAAGAAACAGAAAAGCAAGAAAGACGCUGAGGCCAAGCUGACUGAAUCUGGUGAGCAGGUAACUGAGCAAAUUCAGUCCUCCAUUGAGUCCACAGAUGCAGCAAAAGCUGACAGUGGACCAUCGUCACCAGAGGACUCAGGAGAGCAUGCUAUUGAAGCCGAAGCUGCACAGGCUGAGUCCACCCAAGGACCAGAAAGUGAAGUAGCUUCUGAUGGAGAGAAGAAAAAGGAGGGCAUCAUCGCCUGGUCUUCCUUCAAGAAACUAGUGACGCCCAAGAAGCGUGUUAAAAGACCUUCUGAGAGUGAUGAUGAGGUCACAAGUGAGAAAGCAGCCAAGUCAGCAACGUUGUCUUCUUCUGAGAGCGCUCCACUGUCAGAUAAGAGCGUGGACGAAGAAGCCAAAGAGGAUAAACCCUCUGAGGAAGAGGCGAAGACAGAGAACGCAGAGAAACUGGGCAGCAGCACAGAGGAACCCAAAAAGAAAAUGGACACCUCCGUUUCUUGGGAAGCUCUGAUGUGUAUGGGUGGACCCAAAAAGAGGACCAGAAAGACAUCUGAUUCUGAUGACGAAGAAACCAACAUUGCAGAGGAGAGCGCUGCACCAGCUGCAGGUGAGGAUGAGAAGCAGGACAAAACUGAGACAGCUGUGGAGAACCCUGAAAAUGCUGAAGGUGAAAUAGAAGCCGCUUCCUCUCCAGAACCUCUGAGCAGCCCCCCUGAGAGAGAGUCUGCCUGGGACACUUUGAAGCGCAUGGUUAUGCCAAAGAGUAAGGCCAAAGUUGAGGAGAAGACAGAGGAGUGCACAGAGCAGGUCCAGUCUGAAAGCGAAGCACCAAAAGAUGAGUCAUCCUUCUCUUUGAGGAAGCUAUUUCCUGGUCUCAGAAAGAAGAAGGUAGAAAAACAAGCUUCUACUGAGGGAGAGGACGACACCCCAUCUGUGGUUCCUCUUUCAGAGUUUGAUGCACAACCUGAAGAUAUGCAGGAGCAACCGACAGAGGUAGCCAGGACCACAUGUCAAGCGUCCUCCGAGGAGAGAGCCCCUUCAUGGAUCCCAGCUUCGGUGGAACAUGGUGAUCAACGGGAUCAGCUGAGUGACAUCACAGAGGAAGCAGCCACGCCCAAGUCUGUUGACACUGACAUUGCGGAAGAUGAAACUGAGGACCAAACCACUCUGCCCUCCAAAGCGGCAGGUGGACGACUAUGCACAGCUGAAGUCGCCCAGGCUUCUCCCUCAGAAACCACCUGUGAUCCUGAGGUACACAUGUCAGAAAAUGCACAGGAAGACAUCGCAGGUUUCGAGGCUGAAAUCAGUGAAAUUGCACCUGAGACAACUGUGAUCAGUGAAGACGUACCAGUGGAGACUGCCUUAGAAAAAACUGAGAUUGAGCCCACUGUUGAGCAUGUUGACUCCAAGAUGAAAACACUCCUGGAGCCACACGCCCACGACGAGGCCGUGGCCAUCUGCACUGGCCUGGGAACCAAUGAGAUUGCUGAAGUGGCCCUGGAGAAACCUGCAAUGCCCAUCAUAGAGUGUCUUUCUGCGGUCAGCAAUGCUCAUGGUACAGAAGUCUCACCGGAAGAACCUUCACUAAAAACAGAGGAGGCCGUUGUUACAGAAGAUGCACUACUGAGUGCACAAGUCCAGCAAGUGAAAAACACAGAGGUUGAGCACGUUGAGAGUUCUGAAAGCAAAAUCCAUGGUACUGAAACUGCUAGAGAGAGCUGUGAGCCUGAGCCUCUGUACGUCAGCGCCGUCACCUCCGCCGUCAAGACCACCAUCGUUGCUGACGGCGCUAUCAUCAAUACCGUUGCGCCUACAGUUGAAAUUCCUGUCUGCUCUCAGAACGGAGAGGUCACAAAGCUAAGUGUGGAAACUGACAAGGAGACCACGGACAUGCAGCAACAAAUUGCAAGUGAAGUCGUAGCUGCAAGUGAGGAGGUAUGUGUCAUCAGAGAAUCCGUUGUCCUCGUCAGCUCUUCCAGUGCGGACCAAGUGAACACCGGGCCCCUGACAGAGGACACAAGUAAAAUUGAGGCCCAGAGUAUGGUCAUCGCCCAGACGGUCAUUCAAGAUGCAAUGGAUAAAGUUGCAGAACAAGCAACCACCCCAGAAGCCUCCACUCCAACUCCAGGCCAGGCAGUUGCAGCUAUGGAAAAGGAAAUAGAGAUCCAGACCCUUGUCAUCACUGACACGCCCGCCACUAUCUCCUGUGAAAAACCAGCACAGAAGCCAAUUUUUGUUGCCACGGAAUGCGAAACGACCCCGAUAGAGGUUGCGGAGAUCCUUGAUACCUCUGAGGGCAAGAAACCAGAGGAAGGUUUGAAGAAAGCUGGAGAAGUAAGUGAAAAAACCAUAAUUGAAGAAGUCGUAGAGAUCAUCGGCAACGCACAGACAGAUGACAAAGUCGACGUGGUGAAGGAGGAGCCGGAAGACGACAAACCACAACCAGAGGAGAAAGAAAUCUACCUGCCCGUCCAGGUGGUCCUGCAGACCGCGCAGGAGGUGGAGGAAGAGUCCAUCAAAGAGGAGGCUGUGGAGGAAUUUGAGACCAACGGCCUGAUGGACGCGCAGGAACACGGCGCUGCGGCAGAGAUGACGGCGGACGAGGAGGCGGAGAGAACGACAUCGGGAAAGUGCGCGGAGGUGAUGGCGCAGGUGAUCGAGGUGAUCGAGGAGGCGGUGAAGGAGAUCGAGCCCGUGUCCACGGAGGUCACACCAGCAUCGUGAGCAGAUGUCGCCUGGGAGACGUCCCGUCUGCACCAGGACGAGAGGGAAGAGGACGAGAGAAGACAAAAAGAAAGAGGAUGCUCGGUGCUAACGCAGACACUGAGACACUGAGACUGGGCUCCACUCCUUCCUGCCCCGAGAGAGUAAUCCUCUCAUUCAUCCAUCCAUCCAGCCAUCCAUCCACCCAAAACCACCCAGCAUCCAGCAGUGUCUCAGUGACCUCUUCUAUUGCUGUAAUGAGGCAAGCAUCACCCACCUGGACGAGUGUUUACCUCCGUGUGAGUGAGUGUGUGUGUGGGGUGUGUGAUCUGUAUAGGUGUCAGAGUAUAUCGAAAGGUAAACAGAUGGAGGAUUCUUAUCUUGUAUAUUGUAUUUAUAUCUCCAAUACACUUUCAGUGGCCCUUUAUUUUUUCAUUUUGAGCCCUGUUUUGUUUUUUCCCCCUUAAAAUAAUGCAUACAGUGUGCGCAACAACAAGAUUACCAAAGCAAAUUGUUGCAUAAAAGGACUGACGCCUUGAAUGGUUUUGUAGCAGCCAUGGUACAAACUGUGAUUCCCAUACUGCAAAACAUCCAAAUUACAGCAUUUUCGGGGGUCAUCUUUUCGCUUUUUAAUGUAUAUAAGGAAAACAUAAGCUGCCUAAUUUACUGUGAAACAACCUUAUCACUCAUUAUGUUCUUGUAAUAAUAGAAUAAGAUGCUAUUUUAUCACCAUCGCGCAUCAUGAGGUCGAGCUAGCUUUAAAAAAGAUCUCACUCGGUUUGCUGGUAAAAUGACGCCCUCUGGUGGCUGCAGAAGGUAGUGCGUGAAGUUUUUGACUUGACCGUAUUUUUUCAUCAAGUAACAGCACAUUAUUACCAAGUAAAUCACUCAGUGGCUGUAUCAAUCCUUGAUUUUUGUACAAAAAAAAAAAAUCCAACUGCAUUGACUUAGUUGAUCUCAGCAGCUUGUAGCUUUUUGUAACACACUUUAAUUGUGGAGUCUGUUAACAUUUGUACAGAUUGUAUGUUAUGCUCUUGUACUGUAUGUACUUAUUGUUAUAACUAAUCUCCUUCCGACAGCCGUUCAACUGUAAUAUUCAUCUAAGCAUGGUUUUAACUGUCUUUUAUAUUUCCAAGCUGUUCAUAGUAACAAUACAGAAUCUUGUCUAUAUUUCAUUCAAUAAAGUUUGAGAGGGGAGGAAAUAAAAGUGUCUGCUUCCAU